AAGCCCUCGUUUCCCUGGGAUAUCGAGGUCCUACACCUGCCUUAAUCAGCAGCAUGCAGCAAGGACAGGUGGAGCUCUGGGGCUGUGACGAUGAGGCCUGUGGAAAAAUCUCAGUGUCAGAGGAGCUGCUGCUGGGAGGUGCCUGGCUGCUGGGCAGAGCCGAGGAGCAGACUCCUGCGGAGGGCCCUGCAGACCUGGAACCAUCAUGGACUUCUCCAAGGAGUUUGCAUGACAUGGACCCCCCGAGACCUGGGAAAGAGCAAUGGCACAAGAGUCCAGGGAGGCUCCAAAAGUGGAAGGCAAAUGUAGCAGUGAACCAGGUACCAUCUCCAGUUGGGCGUGAGAGUGGAGAAGGGGCAGAUCCCAGAAACAGCCCUGGAUGCAGGGAAGAAUUUGUGGAGCUGAGAGACCUAAAGAGCCACUGGAAAGAGGCACUGCAUCCAAACCAAGGCAGUGGGGAGGGCCUCAGAGGAAAGCAGGAGCUCACUGCUAUUCACUGGGGCACAGCCCAGCCCUGCCCUGAAGUCAGGAAAACCCUUGACUGCUCAUCACUCCUGGCUCUUCACAAGGUAAGGCAAAGUGGGGGGAAGCUCCACAUAUGCACCAAGUGUGGGAAGAGCUUCACUCGAUUCUCCAACCUCACCCGACACCAACUCAUCCACACCGGGGAGAAGCCACAUCAGUGCUCAGAGUGUGGGAAGAGGUUCCACCUGUCCUUCUACCUGACCAAACACCGCCUCAUCCAUACAGAGGAGAAGCCACACCAGUGCUCAGAGUGUGGGAAAAGCUUCAGGCAGUUCUCCGACCUGGCCCAGCAUGGGCUUAUUCACACAGGGGAGAAGCCACAUCGGUGCUCACAGUGUGGGAAGAGCUUCACCCGAUCCUCCAGCCUGACCCAACACUGGCUCAUCCACAGCGGGGAGAAGCCACACCAGUGCUCAGAGUGUGGGAAGAGGUUCAACCUGUCCUCCACCCUGAUCAAACACAAGCGCACCCACACAGGGGAGAAGCCACAUCAGUGCUUGGAGUGUGGGAAGAGAUUUACCCGAUCCUCCUAUCUGACCAAACACCAGCUCAUCCACACAGGGGCGAGGCCACAUUGCUCAUAGUGUGGACAGAGCUUAACCAGUUUUUCCCCCUCGUCUCUAGUGGGCAAACUGAGUUAUGCUCAGGCUCUUAGUGUAACCUUAGGCCUUCCUGGAUCUAAGCAAUUAAAUUGUAUGGAAUGCCUCACUAGGAAAACUGAGUGCUGUGGUUAGCCCACUGUACCAAUCAAGUACAGUAGUUUCCCUAGGAGGAAAGAAAACCAAAACCAGAAUAGAAUUGGAGUACCUUAUCUAACAAGAUGAGGUAAGAAACUCGAGGAUUGGGCAGUUUGAGAUGAGAAAGUUACAAAAGUAGUGGACAAACAAAGAGACUGUGUGUGUGUGUGUGUUUCCACCAUGGGGAGGCUGGAGCAUCCUUGGACUUCUGGCUUUGAGUAACAAGGAAUCCAUCAACUAACAUCCCACACACGCAGCAGAGGAUCUGAGGCCGGUACCACCGAAGGUCAGUGAUGUAAUGUUUAAGGAACCGCUUGCCCGGUCGUAUUUCAAGGAUAAUUAUCUUGUAAUAAGCCGAGGGGUUACUAAUAAAAUUCAGUUGAU